ACAAUAAACUGACAAGUGACGGCUGUCAAAAAAACGUGAUAGUCCUCGUGUUGAGAUUUUUGGUAAACAUAAAUUAAUAAUCUGCUCGUUCUAUGAAAUAUAUUUUCUAAAACUAUUUAAUCACAAUGGAAGAAAAUACGCCAUCAGUUAGCUUGGUAUCAUGUAUGCACUUCGUACGCCGAGGCGUUGCAAAACCGGUCCCCGAAAAGAUUGAAUUGACUGAAAAGGAACUUGAAAAAAUAAUCAAACAAACAGCUGAUGAUUUAAGAUUAACAGAACAGGGCGAUGACAACAGUGACUCAGAAGGCAAUGAAGCAAGUGCAGCUCCUGAGCCUGCUGAUCCCAAUGAUGAGUUCAACUUUGAGAAAUAUGACGAGGAGGAUGAUACUAAUCCCAUUGGUCUGGGAACUAUAGCCACAUUGCCUAACCUUGGAGAUCUGAGUGAAGAUGUUAAAAUCAGGACUGAUGGUGCGGACAGUGAUGAAGAAGAUGACAUAAUAAAAUCUGAUGAUAACCUGCUUUUAGUGGGCCAUGUAGAGAGUGAUGCUAGUAUUUUAGAAGUUUACAUAUACAACAAAGAGGAGGGAUCAUUCUAUGUUCACCACGAUAUAAUCUUGCCAUGGUUCCCUCUAUGUAUAGAAUGGCUGAGCCAUGACCCAUCAGAUCCACAGCCUGGUAACCUAUGUGCGCUGGGUGGGAUGGAUCCCGUCAUACAAGUAUGGGAUUUAGACAUAGAGAACUGUCUAGAUCCAGCAUUCAAACUCGGCAAAAAGCCUAAUAAGAAGAAGAAAAUACAACGCGUCGGACAUAAAGAUGCUGUUUUAGAUUUGUCGUGGAAUAGGAAUUUUACGCACGUGAUGGCGAGCGGGUCUGCGGAUAACACAGUUCUGUUGUGGGACCUCGAUCAGGGCACGCCGCACACGAAACUUGAUUACUUCCAAGAUAAGGUCCAAUCGCUCGUAUUCCACCCGCUAGAAGCGCAAACGCUACUAACCGGCGCGUGCGACGGUCACGCGCGUGUCACAGACUGCAGGACACCAGACGCGCACCGCACGUGGGCGCUCGGCCCCGAGAUAGAGCGCGUGCUGUGGGAUGUGCACAGUCCCUUCUGCUUCGCGAUGAGCAACAACGAAGGCAAAGUUGCGUACGUGGACUGCAGACAGGACGAACCGUUGUGGACGAUACAGGCACACGAGAAAGAGGUUACAGGUCUAAUUCUAAGUGAUAAGAUACCCGGUUUGAUGAUAACCGUUGGUACAGAUGCGAAACUAAAGACAUGGGACAUAACUAGUGCUGGCGCCGUACAAGUAAGCGAGCGGGCUGGCCGUGUUGGGCAAGCGCUGUGUGCGGCCGCCUGCCCCGACCACCCGCUGGCCGUGGCCGUGGGCGGCGACAACAAGCAGAACUGCAUCGAGCUGGCCGACCUGACCAGCAGUGACGAGGUCAUGAACCGUUUCGGAUCACGGCCUCAAGUCACCGUGUCAGCAGAAAAUACAGAAGCUAUGGAGUCAUAGACAAUAAUUUUAUAGAUUAAUAAGAAAAAAUAAAAUUUAUAUACAUAUUUCAA